AAUUCAUAAUCCAAGUUUAGUUCUCUUAUUAUUCCAAUUCUUGUUUUUUACUUGCUACAGAUCUACCAAUUGGUAUUUUGAAUCCGAUUUGUUUACACACUCUUAUUAUUUGUCUCAUGGUUUAUAUAGCUACACAUAGGAUUCUUGUUUUCCUGUACUGUAUGCACUCCUUGUCAAGUUAAUUGGUUGUCUUAAAAUUGUUUGGCCUCUCUUCAGAACCAAAGGACAAUGCUAAAAACGUGUGUUCCUGUUUUCUGAAACCUCAGAUUCGAUUUGAAUUCCUUUUGUUUUUAAUUUCUCAUUGAUCUGUUUGUUCUCAACAGCUGAGGUUUAUGUACACUUGCAAAUUUAUUAUGAUCCUGUGAUACAGUCUCAUUUAUUAAUACAUAAAAAUAAAGCUCUUUUAUAUUAACCAGUGAUCUUGAAUUCGUAGUCUUUGAAUUUCGGGUAGGGGUAUCCUGGGUUUAUUCAAAAAGUGGUCUCACAUUUGAGUUCUAGAUACACCUCAACGAGAGUUUUACUGUUCAUAGUAGUCCUAUACUGUUUGGCUCAAAUAGGAUUGCCUCCUCGUGCUUCGGGGAGGAUACCGUUGGUUACACCAAUAAAAUCAAACAUGAAUCCCUUGUAGUGAAAGGUUCUUUCUUUUGGAUUGGUGGAUUUGGAUGUGUUUUUCCUUUUUUUUUUUUUAAAUCUCUUGUUAGCUUCAUUUCUUUAUAAACGCAUCUAGUGGCUACUUUUGCUCCGGGUAUUGGUGCAAGAGGACAAUUGACACCUCGUAGUUUUCAAUUGAGUGGUUUUAUUAUGACUUCAUCUAUGCCUGGAUUUAAUUCAAUAGGGGCAAAGGUCUUUUUAUUUUAUUCUUAAACAUUUCUCACUUGGUUCUUCUCUGUAGUUUCUUGGUUGCUUUGUUUUAUUUUAUUUUAGAUCACAAUCGUUUGUGGACUUUCUGGAAACACUGGAAUAUGGAGUUUUGUUAGAUGGUAGUUCCUUGCUAUAUUUUUAGAUUAUAGUGCUUACAAACAUUUAGUAUGCUUUCUUGUCCAAGUGAUAUCUGUAAAAGGAAUAGAGUGAUUUGUUUUUGUUAACCCUGCAGAUUGAACAUUUUUCAAUUGAAACCUCGUUCCCCAAUUGAAUAAUCAAUUUUUCUAAAUAGUGUGCUACUUUUUUCCCUCUCUCAGUUUGAUUCAUUUAGCUGAUAUGGAGUUAAAGAAAAUGAAAGUUACAGGUGGCUAAGGCUUGGCAAGUUCUAUGGCCUACUCUGAUACUUGGGCAAUGUGUGAGGGAAAAUACAACUCUGGAAGCUUAAAAUAUAAAUUGCAGAAAGCAAGUAAGAGGGAUUAUUGUAGGACCAUAACUUCUGUUAUGGAAUUUGAAUCAGACUGGAUAAAGCACAGAAAGUCAUCUUCUUAUACCGCUCAUGUUAUUCGUUCCGCGACAUCUUUUAUGCCUUGGUCUUGUAGAAUCCCAAUUGGUGAUGGGUAUCAUGAAUUUCUUUAGUUAGUUGUACUCAUUACUCAGUAAGACAUUUUCACAUUGUUUGGUUGAUUGGUCGCCACUCGCCAACAAAAUUUCUCUACAUCUUCGUCUUACAUCAUAUUUGUGAUCACUAAUUUGAAAAAUGCCUAGUUUUGUGGCUGAAAAGAAGAUAUUUGUAGAGCCAAAUAUGUGUUUUACCAAUUUGGCCAACCAUGAUAGACCAACUCUUACAAAAAACAAUCAUUAUGUGAGGUCUGAGGCUCUGGAUGAUGAUGAUGAUGGUACUAGCCCCAUCCUACCUGGGCUGCCUGAUGAUGUUUCAAAACACUGCCUUGCACUCGUGCCUCGUUCGAACUUCCCAGCCAUGGGUGGUGUCUGCAAGAGAUGGAGGGGCUUUAUUCGAAGCAAAGAAUUUAUAACCGUGCGAAAAUUGGCUGGGAUGCAUGAGGAAUGGCUCUAUAUCUUGACAGCAGGCAGUGAAGGAAAAGGGAGCCAUUGGGAGGUCAUGGAUUGUCUUGGGCAUAAUCGCCGAUCUCUUCCACCAAUGCCUGGUCCAGCAAAGGCUGGCUUUGGGGUAGUAGUUCUUAAUGGAAAGCUCCUUGUUAUGGCUGGUUAUUCAUCCAUUGAUGGGACUGCUUCUGUCUCAGCAGAGGUUUACCAAUAUGAUUCUUGCCUCAACAGCUGGAGCAGAUUGUCAAGCAUGAACGUGGCUCGGUAUGACUUUGCUUGUGCUGAAGUCGACGGCUUGGUUUAUGCCGUUGGAGGCUAUGGCGCAACCGGUGACAGUCUCUCAAGUGCAGAGGUGUAUGAUCUGGAUACCGACAAGUGGACGCCAAUAGAGAGUCUCCGUCGCCCGAGAUGGGGUUGCUUUGCCUGUGGAUUCGAGGGGAAGCUCUAUGUCAUGGGUGGAAGGUCAAGCUUCACAAUUGGAAACUCCAAGUUUGUUGAUGUCUACAACCCUGAGAAGCACGGGUGGUGUGAGAUGAAAAAUGGGUGUGUCAUGGUCACUGCUUAUGCAGUGCUGGAAAAGAAGUUGUUCUGCAUGGAGUGGAAGAACCAGCGGAAGUUGGCAAUAUUCAAUCCAGAGGACAAUUCAUGGAAAAUGGUACCAGUCCCUUUGACAGGGAGUUCAAGCAUUGGUUUUCGGUUCGGGAUAUUGGAUGGUAAGUUGUUGCUUUUCUCACUGGAGGAAGAGCCUUCAUAUAAGACUUUGUUGUAUGAUCCAAAUGCAGCACCAGGAUCUGAGUGGCACACCUCUGAUAUAAGACCAUCUGGUUUGUGUUUAUGCAGUGUAACUAUUAAGGCCUGAAAAGUUGGCUGAUUCAGAAUUUAGAGACCUUGAGGAACUAAGGACCUUUGUUGGUUUACUAGGAUGGAUGAUGUUAAUUUAGUGUUUUUGCCUGUUCUUGUUGGUUUUAUCAUGGCAUGUCAUCUCUCUGAUCUAUGGUUGGAUUGUUUCUACAGUUAUUCACGUAACCAUUGACUUUGACCAAGCACUACUUCAAAUUAUUGUGGGCAAGUUUCUUUUUCCUUUUCAUCUUCCUUUUUUUUUCUUCCUAAUAAAUAAUAUUGAAAUCUGUGCA